CGUGGUGUAUAACAUAGCACUCCAGGAGUUCCGGACCGUAUCACUGCCCUCGCGACUUGAACGAUGCUAUGCAGACUGUACGAGCACCGGCCUCGUCCUACACCCCGUAUCGGAGAUGUACCUUUGGCGAUGGGACGAAGGCCUGCAAGCGCUCGAGGUAGCGCCUCCCCAUCGCGCCUCUUCAGAGCAGUAUGGCGAGACAUCCUUCAUGUUCCACCCCACAAAGCCCAAGGUCUUCUCGAUCGUGACGCUCUGCAGGACGGGAGGCGAUCGCUCUGAGUCAGAUUCGGAAGACGAGUCGACCUACAGUCUUCACCUCCACGUCAGUGACUAUGAAGAUAGGCAACUUCGCAUGACCAAGACGCACGAACGCACCAAUCUUCCGAGCAGAUGCAGGCCCCCGGUCCCCCCGCAACAACAAGGCAUCAGAAGGACCGACAGAGACCAGUUUCACUGGUCAUCGCAGAAGGCGCUCCGUCCAAUCGAUACGCACGGCACUCAUGCCUUGUUCGUCGAUAGUCUGUCGUCAGAAGACGUCGCGCUGGUCUCCUACAACAUGGUCACGCGGCAGAUGCAUCUGGACCUCCUCGGCGACCAGCCCGCCGCGCUCUUCAGAGAGUGGCGCGCCGUGGGUGGUAAAGACGGCGUCGGCGCAUUCCUGCUACACAUGACCAGUCUCCCCACGCUCAAAGCAUCAGACGACUGGUCAGGCAACAUCAAAGCUUUCGACCACGAUGAAGCGCCACAAGAGAUCAACAAGUCCAACCAGCACUCGCCCGGUUCCGUGCCACCCGUCUUGGUCCCCGAUCCGCCCCGGCCCUAG